AUGGCCAGUGCUCUAGUUGACGAUAUUUUGGGCGAGUAUGAGGCCUGCCCUGAUAAAGGUGUCGAUCUACUUCGAACUGAUGUUUCAGAAGACCCACCGAUUGAGUGUCUCCCACUUACCCCCUACCAGAAGUCAGAUCUCCGUCGCUUUUGGAGAAGCAACUUCAGAGAUAAUGUCGUAAUAAUUGUUGCAGAUUACCGCCUACCACCAAACAAGCACUCCUUCGGUAUCACUGUGGAGACGGUGAUAGAGGAGGAUGACAGGGCGAACAUCAUGGAAUAUCGUCACUACCUCGUGGAAGUGGACGAGGACGGACCACUUGCUACCCAAACAGACCUUCGCCCACGCGAUGAACUCCUCGAGGUAACGUUUACAGCUGUUUAUCGACCUUUUCUCUUCUGCCAUUUGUGUGACUUUGGAAAACUGACUGCUUAUGGAAUUAUUUGCCGUAGGGGCAACACAGGUACUACCUAA